AUGAGUAGCCCACCGAUACCGUCGAGCACGGGUUUUUCCGGUGUGCCAUUCUUUCACCGUCUUCCGCCGCUGCCGAAGCUGGAAGGAACUGAUCCUGGCACGGCGCCGCAGGACGCAUUUCGCUUGGCUAUUGCGGACCAGCUUUCCCAGAUUUUGGGUGUGCCGCUGAAUGAUGUGUUUCUUGCGGUUGCAAUGGGCGGAAAAGGCUGCGAUUAUAAAGUCGUCCUGCCGCGCUUUCGCCUGCCGACCAAGGUGGACGAGCUGAAAGCCAGCGUGCUGGAGGCGUUCAAGCCGAACGAAUACAUUGAGCGCGUAUCUGCAAACGGCCCUGCAGUUGAGUUCCAUGUGCGAACGGACACGCUGAUCCCCCUUACCCUCUCCACGAUCCACGCGAUGACGUAUGGCGACGGCGCGGCACUUGACGCCGACGGCCAAAAGCAGCCGUCGUACGGUUCGAACAAGUCUGGCAAAGGAAAAAAAGUGCUGAUCGAGUUUUCCUCUCCCAACAUUGCGAAGCCAUUCCAUGCUGGCCAUUUGCGCAGCACGAUUAUCGGCGCGUUUUUGGCCAACCUGUACGAGGCAAAUGGCUGGAGCGUGUUCCGACUGAACUAUUUGGGCGACUGGGGCAAGCAGUUUGGCCUGCUGGCUCUUGGGUGGCGCCGCUUUGGUAGCGAGGAAGCACUGCUGAAUGAUCCCGUACAGCAUCUCUACGAAGUCUAUGUGGCCAUCAACAAACUCGCCGAGCAGGGCGAGGGCGAGGGCGAAAAGAUUCACGACGAGGCGCGUGCAUUUUUCAAGGGUAUGGAAGACGGCAACAAGGAGUACUUGGUCGAGUGGGAAAAGUUCCGCAGCCUGUCCAUCAAAAAGUACGAGGAGACGUAUGCGCGCUUGAAUAUCCACUUUGACGAGUACACUGGUGAGUCAAAAGUCUCCAAGGAGGGUCUGGAGAAGAUGCUCGGCAUCCUCCGCGACGCCGAUUUCACGACGCGCGAGGAGAACGGCGCGCUGCUUGUGGAUCUCACGCCAUACAAGCUCGAAAAAGCAGUCGUGGAGCGCAAAGACGGCACUCCGCUUUACAUCACCCGCGACAUUGUCGAGGCGCAGCAGCGCUACGAGCGCUAUGAUGGCUUUGACAAGAUGGUGUAUGUGAUUGCCACGCAACAGGAUUUGCAUACCGCGCAGUUCUUCAAGGUGCUUGAGCUUAUGGGCUUGCCUUGGGCACAGAAAGACAAGAACGCGCUGCUGCACAUCAACUUUGGUAUGGUGCAGGGCAUGUCCACGCGCAAAGGCACCACUGUUUUCCUGGACCACAUUCUCAACGAGACCAAGCAGAAGAUGCUCGAGGUGAUGCAGAAGAACGAGGAGAAAUAUGCUCAGCUCGAGGAUCCCGAGCGCACUGCGGACAUUGUCGGUAUGACUGCCGUCAAGAUUCAGGACAUGGCUGGCAAGCGUAUCAACAACUAUAGCUUUGACUGGAGCAGGAUGUUUUCGUUUGAAGGCGAUACGGGGCCGUAUCUGCAAUACAACCACGUCCGUCUCUGCUCCGUCGAGCGCAUUAAUGCGGCGGAUGGACUUGUUCUUCCUACCGAGGAUCUCGACAUAAGCACGAUGCGUACUGAGCGACUCAUUUCUCCAGAAGCUGUAGAGCUCGUCUGGAUUCUUGCCUCCUGGCCAGACGUUGUCAAGACGGCGAGCAGGGAUCACCAGGCGUCGACAAUUGUCACUUUCUGCUUCAAGCUUACGCAUGCGAUCAGCUCCGCAUGGGAGAAACUGAUCGUAAAGAAUCAGGAGCACGACGAUGCCAUGGUCCGACUCUGGCUCUACCGCUGCGCAAAGGACGUGCUAGGCAGCGCACUGCGUCUACUGACCAUUACGCCAUUGGAGCGCAUGUAG